UUCAUUUCCUCCGCCGGUGGAUGCGGACGCCGGGAGGAGGAGAGCGCCGAAGCGAGGACCUGGGAGCCUUGGCACAGAGAACACAUAGCGACUCCGAAGAUCAGCCCCAAUGAACAUGUCAGUGUUGACUUUACAAGAAUAUGAAUUCGAAAAGCAGUUCAACGAGAAUGAAGCCAUCCAGUGGAUGCAGGAAAACUGGAAGAAAUCUUUCCUGUUUUCUGCUCUGUAUGCUGCCUUUAUCUUUGGUGGUCGGCACCUGAUGAACAAACGGGCAAAGUUUGAACUGAGAAAACCAUUAGUGCUCUGGUCUCUGACCCUUGCAGUCUUCAGUAUAUUCGGUGCUCUUCGAACUGGUGCUUAUAUGGUGUACAUUUUGAUGACCAAAGGCCUGAAGCAGUCAGUUUGUGACCAGAGUUUUUACAAUGGACCUGUCAGCAAAUUCUGGGCUUAUGCAUUUGUGCUAAGCAAAGCACCCGAACUAGGAGAUACAAUAUUCAUUAUUCUGAGGAAGCAAAAGCUGAUCUUCCUGCAUUGGUACCACCACAUCACUGUGCUGCUGUACUCUUGGUACUCCUACAAGGACAUGGUAGCCGGGGGUGGUUGGUUCAUGACCAUGAACUAUAGCGUGCACGCCGUGAUGUACUCUUACUAUGCCUUGCGAGCGGCAGGUUUCCGGGUUUCCCGCAAGUUUGCCAUGUUCAUCACCUUGUCCCAGAUCACUCAGAUGCUGAUGGGCUGUGUCAUUAACUACCUGGUCUUCUACUGGAUGCAGCAUGACCAGUGUCACUCUCACUUUCAGAACAUCUUCUGGUCCUCACUCAUGUACCUCAGCUACCUUGUGCUCUUCUGCCACUUCUUCUUUGAGGCCUACAUCGGCAAGAUGAGGAAAACAACGAAGGCUGAAUAGUGUUGGAACUGAGGAGGAAGCCAUAGCUCAGGGUCAUCAAGAAAAACAAUAGACAAAAGAAAAUGGCACAAGGAAUCACAUAUGGUGCAGCUAAAACAAAACAAAACACAUGAGCAAACACAAAACCCAACCCAAGGCAGCUUAGGGAUAAUAAGGUUGAUUCAACCCAGUAAGUUUAUGAUCCUUUUUGGGUGAGGACUCACUGAGUGCACCUCCAUCUCAAAGGACUGCUGCUGGAAACCCCAUUCCCUCCUUAACUGUCAGCUCUAGGGCAAAUGAGAACAAAAGUGAGCCAGAGGCACGGAGAGAGGGAGAGAGAGAGAGAGAGAAAUAGAAGGUCAACAAAGGCUAUUAACACUAUAUGGAAAAAAAAGUAUUUACUGAGUGUUAUAUUUCUCUAAGAUUGAAAGAAGUUUACUUAAGAAACUGUGCGAGCACAUACACACACAAUCCUUUCUAAUCUUUUUGGACACACAAUAGAAUAGAUACAAAAUGGAAGAGACACAGGGUGUAUAUCUAGGACAAUAAUGCUUUUGCAAAAAUUAAAGCCUUCUUAAGAAAGGCCAGUAGCUGUAGCCCCCGUGAGAAGAGAUGUCUUAAUCACCUCUCAUGAAAACGAUGUAAACAAUUGUAUUUCAACUACGAGAAGGACUGGUGUUUUUCCCUUCCUAGCCCAGUCUGGGGCUAGUGACUUUGCCAGAACCAAACGGGGCACAAUAUUUUUCCAAGGUUCUUCCUGGGAGGAUGGAAACAGUGCAGACCAGUUCCUAACGGGGCAGCUCCACCUCGGAGCACUUCUGAUGGUUUCACUGUAAUUUCCACUCUGAAAUGAGCUCUCAAGGAUUAUCCUUGGUUCAGGGGCCCCAGGCUUUUGAACGGAAGAGUAGAUACCGAAUAGCAAAGUUAAAACUCUACCAAAUGAUUUGAAAAUGGAUUCUGUACCACCUCUAAAAAGGGUCAGCCCCGUACCAUUCUUGAGCUGGGAAAGGGACAGUGAGGAAAGAUGGGAGCCCAGGAUCCAUCCAACAGACACACUCGGUAUACCCCCACUCUGUUUGACUUCACACACGCACUCAUGGCUUUCCGAAUGAAACCCUGUUGUACGGUCCAUAUUUUCUGUAUUUUUGUGAAUUUCACAAAGAAAUCUGCAGGGCUCUUCCUGAUAUCGGGUGAACACUGUGUUUCCGCAUCAUCUGCGUCUGCUCCCCGAGCGACGCAGAGGUGUGUAAAGUGCCCUCUGCUGGUCAAGUGGAGAUACUUCAACAAACCCUUCAUGGCAAGUUUGGCUGGAACAGGUGACAACAAAGGGCCCCCGAUACACUUAUCCUUCAAGUUUUCAAUGAUCUAAAACACUCGUCAUAUUUUUGGCCAAAUCAGAAGACCUUCCUCCUGCUUCAAGUCAGCUUCAGAAAUUUUUUUAAAAAGGACUUCUGCUCUGGAACUCAGAAAAUCAGCUUAUUAAGAGCCAUAUUCUCUACAAAAAGAGAGAGAGAGAAAGAAAUGAAAGCUAGAUAAUAUAAUAUUAUCUGUAAUACUUCAGUCCUAUACAAGCCAAAUAAUGUGUCAACAUUCCUAGUAUUUCAAAGAAGCAAUUAUAUAAAAUCGUUCAAUGUGAUAUGCUAGUACUCUAAUCGGUUAAGUAGCUUCAUGAUUAGACAAACCAGAUGGCACGAUUAGCGGCUACACUUCAUAUAGCUCGUACAUGCAUCACCACACAUACGUGCACACAGAUGUGGGGUACACUCAACUUCAAAGCCCAGAUGAACAGGAACCCGUUUUUCUGGCUAGCAGAAAAAGAAAACUGUUGUUUAUCUUUUGCUUUCUUUGAGAGUAUACAGUAAAAGGGAUUUUUCAGAUUAUUUUUAUAUUAUUUUAGCUUUAAUUGUGCUGUCAUUCAUGAAACAGAGCUGCUCUGCUUCUGUCAGAGAUGACAAGGGCUUUCUCAGCAUCUUGUUUAUGUGUGGAAUUUGAAAGAAUAAAGUUUUAUCCCAUUCUGUGUGAAGGGUUUGAACAAUGAACAAAGAAUCCAUGCAAACCAGGUCAU